GACGCAUUGACGAAGAAGGUUCAUCAUGUGGAAACCUGACAAGAUGAGGGGACUCCUGCUAUUGUGUGUGCUGGGGUCUGUUCUGGCACAGAAGGAGCUGGACGUCCCAUCCCCAACUCCUGGUACACCAGGAACUUUUCUGAUCAUGGCCCCCAAAGUGGUCCGGCCUGGUCGCCCCCUGACCAUGAGUGUGUCCAUCCUGGACCCAGCCGCGGCCAGUGUGCAGGUGACCGCCACCCUCAUGCAGAAUGGCAGGCCGACCGGAACACCAGCAUCUGGAGACUUCAGUCCAAGUGCAGAUGGAACCCUUGAACUAGUGGUUCCAGGGGAUCUGACAGCGGCCGGUACCUACAAGCUGAAGGUGGAAGGCACCGGUGGGCUGACCUUCACUGAGGAGAAGGACCUGACCUUCAACUCCAAGUCCUCCUCCAUCUUUGUACAAACUGACAAGGGAAAAUACAAGCCUGGACAGACAGUGAAGAUGAGGGCCCUUGCUGUGGAUGCUGAGCUAAAGACCAAGAAGGAACAAUUUGACAUUGACAUAUUUGAUCCACAAGGUAACAAGAUCGUGCAAUGGCGGGGACUACAGAACGAUGACGGUAUUGUGGAGAAGGAGUUCCCACUUUCUGAUCAGCCGCUUCUUGGAGACUGGAAAAUUGUAGCCAUGUUGGCUGGGGGAGAUCAGGUUGAGCAGCCCUUUGGUGUGGAAGAGUAUGUCCUUCCCAAGUUUGAGGUGACCAUCAGCACCAACUCAUUCUUUGCUCAGACUGAGGACAAUUUGCAAGGAACCUUCAAUGCCAAGUACACGUAUGGGAAGAAUGUUGAAGGUCAGGGGAAGGUGACUGCCAAGCUGAGGAGUGUAGGCAGUAACUUCAGGCCAACUGACAACAGCAUCGAACUCAAUGCCAUUGCUAUGACUGAAGGAAGUGGGAGCUUCCAGUUCUCUCGUAGAGACAUUGAGAACCUGUACAGUUACCCAAGUCAGCUGUAUUAUGGCAGCUACCAACUGGAACUGAUUGUAGAGGUGACAGAGGGUCUUACAGGAAAUACACAGGAGAGUACCAAAGCAUUGGACCUGGUACAGACCAAGUACAAGCUGGAGUUCUUUAACACAGCAGAGAACUUCAAACCAGGCCUUCAGUAUACUGCUUACCUGAGGACAUCUUACCAUGAUGGCACCCCCAUGCUUGGAAUGGAUCUUUCUAAUCCUGUUACUCUGACCAAGAGCUAUGGCUGGGAUGGCCCAACAUCCCCUCCUCCAGAGGAGCUGACCAUUCCCCAGUCGGGGGUGAUCAAGAUUGUCAUGGAUGUGCCCUCUACUGCAAACUCUAUGUCACUUAGUGUGACGUACAAUGACGUGUCAGAGACAGCUGUAUCGCACUCUGCCAAUAAGGCAGAGUCACCUUCCAGCACCUACAUCCAGGUCACGACCAGCACACCGGAGGUCAUGGCAGGAGAAGUUGCCCAGUUCACAGUCAAAAGUACUUCUCCCAUCAGCUACUUCUCCUACCAGGUCCUGUCCAGAGGCAACAUCGUCGUGGCGGACAGGGUAGAUGUGUCCCCAGAUGACACGCAGAAGUCCUUCACUGUGCCCACCACUGCCCAGAUGGCCCCCUCCUCACGCAUGGUGGUGUACUGGAUGACUGACACAGGAGAGGUCUGCAACGAUGGACUGACAUUUACUGUCAAGGGGGCCUUUGAGAACCAGGUUUCCGUGAGCUACGACAAGGACCGUGCGGAGCCUGCAGAGGACAUCGCUGUGACGGUUCGUGCCGACCCUGACUCCCUGGUGGCACUGCUGACAGUGGACCAGAGUGUCCUGCUCCUGGCUAGUGGCAAUGACAUCACUCAGGAGAAGGUUUUGGCUGAGCUGGAGGAGUAUGACCCUGCUGAGGACGGCUCAAGCUCGGGGGGACCAGGGAUCAUGUGGCGCCGUAAGAAGAGGUCUAUCUGGUGGCCCAUGCCAACAUCGGGUGCUGAUGCACAUGCUGUGUUUGAGAAUGCUGGUGUGAUUGUCAUCACAGAUGCCAUGGUGUACCAGAAACAGCCAGACUACUGGUGGGAUUUUGGUGGCCCAUUUCCGGGAGUGCUAGACAACAUAAUGUUUGGACCUCAGUUGGAGAUCGCUGCCGCGGGAGCUGGAGUUGACGUUUUGACUGAUGGAGGUGGAGGUGGCACUGCUCUACAGGAGGUCAAACAAGUCCGGUCCUUCUUCCCCGAAACUUGGCUGUGGAGCAAUGCAACAGCAGGGCCAGCCUUCAUGGACGUGGCUGUAGCAGGCCUGGGGCCCGAUGAAAUCCGAUUGGAUGACGACCGUCUGAAGGAAGUGACAAGGGUGCGCUCCUUCUUCCCCGAGACCUGGCUGUGGGAGAGCACAGUUGCAGGGUACCACUGGAAUCUAAACACCGUAGAUGCUCUAUACCAUCUUUUGGUCGUGGUCAAGAGGAAUUCAUGCCAGACAUGGCCAUGGAGUUCGACAUGCCAGCUGCAGCUGCAGACUCUGCUGGAGGAGGGGGCACAGGAGGCAGCCUGCAGGAAGUCAAACGUGUCCGCAGCUUCUUCCCUGAAACAUGGCUGUUCACAAAAGGAACUGCAGGUAACGCCAUUUUUUGAGGAUGGGUUUAUGCCAGACAUGGAGUUCAUGCCAGCUGCCGGGAAAGGAGACUCUGCUGGAGGAUGGGGCGGUGGCGGAGGAGGCGGCCUGCAGGAAGUCAAACUUUACGCAAUGUAUGACGAUGCGUUUAUGGAGGAAAUGGACAUGGAAAUCAUGCCAGCUGCAGCCGCAGAAGAAUCUCUUGGAGGACGGGGCAGCAGCGGGGGCCUGCAGGAAGUCAAACGUAUCCGCAGCUUCUUCCCUGAAACAUGGCUGUGGACAAACACAACUGCAGGGCCUGACGGUACAGCCGUAUUCGCCUCGACAGUGCCAGAUACCAUCACAUCCUGGGUAGCCAGUGCAUUUGCUCUGAAUGACAUCAGUGGCCUUGGAGUGUCAGAUACACCAGCUUCGAUGGAGGCUUUCCGUCCGUUCUUCGUGUCGCUGAACCUACCCUACUCCGUGGUCAAUAAAGAGGAGACAGCAAUUCAAGCUUUGGUCUUCAACUACAUGGAUGUGGAGAUGGAUGUGACUGUGACCUUGGAGGGGUCUGAUGGCUUCAUGCAUAUCGUGAUGGACACAAACGAUGUCAACGCUAUCGGUACUGAAGUGGCAGGUGAUCAGGCUGUGGUACUGACCGUGCCAGCUGGUACCUCCAGGUCCAAAUCCUUCCCCAUCAUCCCCAAGAGGUUUGGGGCCGUCACCAUCAAGGUGAAGGCCCAGUCUACACUGGCUGCUGAUGCUGUGGAGAGGCAGCUGCUGGUGGAGCCGGAGGGGGAGCAGAAAGAGUACACCAAGUCUUUCGUCCUUGACCUUGAUGACAACACACGUGACGUGACAAAGUACCUGACCCUGGGUCUGCCCCUGAGUGGAAUGGUGGCUGGGUCAGCUUAUGGACGUGUGUCCGUUAUGGGUGAUAUGAUGGGCUCGACCAUCAGUGGGUUGGACAGCCUGCUGCAGAUGCCAUACGGCUGUGGUGAACAGACCAUGAUCACCUUCGCACCCAACGUCUACGUGAUGUACUACCUGGACCAGACAGACCAGGUCACCCCAGAGAUAGAGGACAAGGCCUUGAAGUUCAUGUCCUCAGGAUAUCAGCGUGAACUGACCUACACACAUAAUGAUGGGUCCUUCAGUGCCUUUGGAACCCAAGAUGACUCUGGCAGUACAUGGCUGUCAGCAUUUGUGAUCAAGUCCUUUGCGCAGGCAGUAGAGUACAUCUACAUCGACCCGAAGGUUCUGGCCAAGACCGUUCGAUGGUUGAUACGCCAACAACAGGACAAUGGGGUUUUCUCCGAACCAGGCAGGGUCAUUCACAAGGAAAUGCAGGGAGGUCUGUCCUCUGAUGUCACGAUGACAUCCUACGUUCUGGUGAGCCUGAUGGAGUACAACAACAUCCUGUCCACAAUGGAUGCCCCUGAUAGUGAUAAGGUGGAUGUCACCAUGGCCAGGGACCGUGCCGUAUCAUUCCUGGAGGGUAGGCUUGACAGUGAGACAGACGUUUACACCGUUGUCACCAUGACCUAUGCCCUCACAGAAGGAGGACAGAAGUACUGGAAAAAGCCAGAAAGCACCGCCCCACCCCCUGUCAGUGAUGACCUGAUGUGGACGCCCCCGUACCAUGACCCGCCAUCUGCUGAUGUGGAGAUGACAGCGUACGCACUCCUGACGUACCUGGCCAGGGACGACAUGAUCGAUGGAAUUCCCAUCAUGAAGUGGCUGUCGGAACAGAGGAACGCGUAUGGAGGGUACUCAUCCACACAGGACACAGUAGUGGGGUUGCAGGCUCUGGCCUACUUUGCUGCUGGUGUUCGUGCAGGUGGACUGGACAUGACCGUUACCAUCACUUCAGAUACAGACGCUGCCUUCUCUCAUACUUUCACUGUUAAUGACCAGAAUGCCAUCGUGCUGCAGCAAGUAGAGAUCCCCAACUUGACUGGGACACUUACUGCACGUGCCCAGGGAACAGGAAUGGGCCUGCUGCAGCUCUUUGUGCGGUACAAUGUUGACGUGGUGGAUCCAACUCCUUCCUUUAAUCUGGUAGCAACUGUCAAGGACAGCGACAACAACUUUGUCACCUGUGAGACCUGUGGCGCGUACCAGCUUGGUGGCAGCAGUGGUAUGGCUGUGAUGGAGAUAGGCAUUCCCUCUGGCUUCUAUGUGGAGGAUGCUGACCUGAUGGCCCUGGUGGAGAACCAGAACUUGCCAACACUCAAGAGAGCCGAGCGAUCAACCGACAACAAGAAGGCUGUUCUCUACUUCGAUGAGAUGAAUGCCAGUCCCACCUGUGUGACUCUGACAUCCCGCCGUUCCAUGCCUGUGGCCAAGACUCAGCCAUCUGUGGUCAAGGUGUACGACUACUACAAGCCAGAUGUCAAGGCAUCCAAUGUCUAUCAGUCGGAGACCCUGAAGAACACCAACAUCUGUGACGUCUGUGAUGACUGUACCGGAUGCCGCACACGCAGGAGUCCACAGAAUGGGGCCAAUGGAGGUCCCGCUCUUGUUGUGGACACCCUUCUGGGUAUGGUGCUGGUGUUGCUGACCAGGCUUUUGGGCCGCUAAUGCCACCAGUGCGGAAUUGUUGAAUGUGCCUUGUAGCUAAUUUGUAACAAAACUUAAGAUUUUGUAGUGUUCAGCUUUUGCACAUUCCAUAUUCUCAUUGAUCAUGUUGUCAAUCUAGUUUGAUUUGAGGUGAAGCUUGAUGACCUUCAUCUUUUUACUGAUGCAGCUAGAAAAUGGUGUAAACGCUUUGUGAUUCUGUACUUAAGGUAUACGCAAGAAUCUGCAUAAAAUGUUCCUGCCCAUAAGUAAGCCUCAAUUGUGACUGAACCCACA